AUGCCAAUCACAGGUUUGAUCGGCUGGGCCUCACUCUUCCCCGGUUGGAGCUUGAACUGGACACGUUCUUGGACGAUGGAUGGGACGGAGCUGCGGGUCGAGUCGAACCUGCGAGCGGCCCUGGACCUCGAGAGCAACCAGUCCGCGGUUGUACCGGUUGCAUGUGUGGAACUUACGGAUGCUCGCAACACUUGGGUCGCGCGUGAAGGCUCUGUUGGGAUUGAGCCCUCCAUCAAGGGACGUACGCUGACGUGGCUCUGCUAUGUCAGGUUUUCGGCUUCGUGCGAGUUCCGAGCCUAUCCGAAGCGAUACCGUUUCGAGAUCGCCUUUAUUCGGCUUAUCGAGGAUGAAGGUGGUGUAGCCCAUUCGGACAUUGUCUGUGCGUCGUGCGCCGCUUUGCGUGCUGAGAAGCCGGCCACGAUGGCCGUGGGAGAGUUUUCGCUCGGUUACGAAGAGCGUCUCAUUGACCCUGAGGAUGAGGAGGGCGAUGACUCGUGGACUCGCCUCGAGGGCAGCUCCAAGGAGCUUGCGCUCACGAGGCGAGAGGCGUUGCGGGCUGAGACCGGUGCUGACGAGCGGAGCGAUGGUAGACCUGGAGAGGGUAGAGGUCCCGAGCAGUUGCUCCGAGAUCAGAUGGAUGACCACGACACGUGGGAGAUCCUGAAUUACCUUCGACAGGGCGAUUCUUGGGAUGGCAUGCAGCCGGAUUGUGAGUUUUGGGUGGAGUCUUGCGACCGGUGCGCGCAGCUCCGACGGACAGGCAUACCCUUGCCAACGGACCCAAAGCUAGAACAGCAUGCGCUGGGGCCGUGGAUGGACGUGCACGUGGACUUUACAGGCCCAGACGUGGAGUCCGAUGGCUACCGCUAUGUUUGCACCUACACGUGCAAGCUGCUCCGGGUACCGAUACUGGAGCCGUGCCGGUCCCUCAAGCGGGGUGAUGCUGUCAUGACUUGCAUGCUGCGGAGUUUCACGAUACCCGCGGUUUGGCGGCACGAUCUCGGUCCGGAGUUCACCAACACCCGUUUCGAGGAGAUGACAGUGCUUCUGGGCAUCCAGGAGAGGACCCCGCCGGCUCAUAGGCCGAUGGCGGUGGGUAUGGGGGAGACGGUUCAUCGAUGUAUGAAUUCACUCAUAGCGUUGCUUUUGCAAGACAUUCAGAAGGCGUGCGCCUCAGAGUGGGCCCGUUUGCUCCCUUUGGUGCACUACAUCAUGAUGAACAGCCCGAUUCUUGAGAGUGGGUUGGUUGGUCCCACGGGAUGUGGAUCGGGUGUGGUCUUUGCGUCUCUACGUGGAACGCGAGCUUGUUCCGUUCCCGGCACCGGGUCAAUUGCCCGUGGACGAGUGGGCCAAGAAUGUGUUUCGCAAGUUUAA